GGGAUGCCCAGCUGGAAGCCACUGAGCGGAAUGCGUGGGGCAAGGCAGUUGGAGAGACCUUGAGCAGCAGAAAUGAGCCCUGAAAAGCAUCCUGAGGAAGAGGAUGAAGUUGACGCGGUUCUUCUUUCAGCGUCCAAGAUCCUCAGUUCCUCUGAGGGGAUAAAGGAAAGUGGUAGCAGUGAAACAGAAUGUGGCUGCAUAUCAGACUCAGAAAAUCAAAUCCAACCACAAUCAGCAUUGAAAGUCCUUCAGCAUCAGUUGGAAUCAUUUCAGGCUCUUCGAAUGCAGACUUUGCAGAAUGUUACUAUGGUACAAUCUGAAAUCAGUGAAAUAUUGAACAAAAGUAUUAUUGAAGUAGAAAGCCCACAAUUUAGCUCAGAAAAGAAUCUAUUAUUCGGCAUACACACUGAAAAGGAUUUGGCUGUAGAGAAGCAAGAAGAAAUCCUUUCUAUGGAGAAAAUUCAUCAUUGUGAAGCUUCCAAGACACUUCAAUCAAGGGAAGAAAAAUUCAGUAGCAACAAUGUUAACAGUCUCUCUCAAAGUAUAAAUAUUCCAUCUCAGAUACAUUUCAAAGAUAAAGUAACUCUUGAGAAUUUAAGACCUUCCACAGAUAAUUCACCUUCAAACAUAAUUAUCAACCCUUCAGAAAAGUCUGACAUGUUGAAGAAUUACAAUAAUAUUUACAGUUUUCUGCCUAUGAUACCUCAAAAUGUUAUGUCUCCAUCUAAUGCAGUAAUUCUUCACAAAUCUAAAAUUGCUGUGCCUAUUCAAAAAAAUGGAUUUUGUGAAAAUUUAGAUGAUAUUUGCCACUCUAUUAAGCAAAUGAAGGAAGAGCUUCAAAAGUCACACAAUAGGGAAGUGGCACUUACAAAUGAACUGCAAACUUUAAAAACAGAUACAAAUAUUCAAAAUAAUGAUAAAUAUGACCUGUUCCCCAGUGAAAAGGAAAAAACUAAUUUUAUUGAGGAAAAAAACUUAAAUGAUAAUUUAAAUGAAGAUAUAAAAUUAAAGAGAAUUGCAGAAUUGGAGACAUUAGUAAACAAAUUACUCCCACUCAGGCAAACAAAAUUCCAUGUACAUUUCUGUAGGAAAUGUAAAAAAUUAUCUAAGAGUGAAAUACACAGGAGUAAAAAGAAUGAAAAAAAAUAUAAAGAUAUUCCUAUCACAGGCAAGAAUAUUACAGAUGCAAAAUUCCAUUCCAGAGUUCCAGGAUAUACACUGUCAUCUUUUGACCAAACAAAAUGUGAAGUAAAAGGCCAAGAAGCACAAUCAUUUGUAGUACAACAAGGACCAGGACUACUCAAGAAUGAGAAGACAUCCAAAUUUAAUUCUGUUACUGAUCAGUGUGUUGCAAAAAUUCAGUACUUACAAAAUUAUCUAAAAGAAUCUAUGCAAACACAGAAAAAAGUAACAGAACUGGAGAAUGAGAACCUCACCCUUAAGACCAAAAUGAGACCUCUUAUCUUGACUACACAAUCUCUGAUACAGAAAAUUGAAAUAUAUGAAAAACAACUUAAGAAUGUGGUUGAAGAAAAGAACUCUAUUCAGUCCAAGUUAAUUAAAACAGAAGAAGACAGUAAAGAAAGUCUUAAGGAACUUAAGAAAAUCAUCAGUAACUAUAAUGUUCUCCAAGGCCAAAAUAAAAUGCUAGAAGAAAAAAUGAAUCAACUUUCUUUGGAGAAGCAACAAAUGAUAGAAGCAUUAGACCAACUAAAAGAUAAAGAACAUAAAACUCAAAAUGAUAUGGUGAUUGUAAAUAAUGAAAAUAAUCGAAUGAGUAUAGAAAUGGAAGCAAUGAAAACAAGUAUUCUGUUGAUACAAGAUGAGAAAGAAAUGUUAGAGAAAAAAACAUACCAACUUCUACAGGACAAAAGCUCACUUGAAAAUGAACUAAAGGAAAAGCAGUUGGACAUCAUGCAGCUAAAAGAGAAAGAGAGGCUGGCAAAAACUGAGCAAAAGACACUUAUUCAAAUAAUAGAAACAUUUAAAAAUGAAAAAGCCAAUCUUGAAAUAACAUUACAAGAAUCUACUACUGCCAGGCAAAUGAUGGAAAGGGAAAUUGAGAAUAUUCAAACCUGCCAAUCGACUACAGAAGAGAAUCUUCUGAAAGAAAUAAACAAUGCAAAAUCAGAAGCAAAUAUUUAUAAAAACAGCUUAUCAGAAAUCAGCAAGGAAUGUGAAAUGUUAUCUAAAAUGGUAAUGGAAAUUAAGACAGACAAUCAGAUUCUAAAAGAAGAGCUAAAAAAGCAUAGUCAAGAAAAUAUAAAAUUUGAAGACAGCAUCACUAGACUUACAGAAGACAAAAUACUUUUAGAGAACUAUGUACGAAGUAUAGAAAAUGAGAGGGAUACCUUGGAAUUUGAGAUGCGGAAUCUUCAACGAGAAUACUUGAGUUUAAGUGAUAAAAUCUGUACUCAGAAUAAUGAUCUACUAAAAAUGGCUUACAUUCAAAGAAGAGAGAAAUUCCAUUUAGACAAUUAUACUUGUCAAGACACUUCUAGUCCUAGAAGUAGGCCUUUAGCUCCUGAUUUGAAAGGAAUUCCAAGCAAACUGUAUCAAUUGCUUCCACCCAAGAUAUAUAAAUAA